GAAUGCUGGGAGGAGUCUGCCGGAAGUGGGGCAGAGAGUGAGCAGUGGCGGAGGAGUAAAAACAUGGCAGACAUGCAGAAUUUAGUUGCACGCCUUGAAAAGGCAGUGGGGAAGUUGGAGCUUCUCGCAGACGGUGCAGGUGGUGGCUGCGGCUCAAGCCCUGCAGAAGUGGCACAAUUUGUUCAGGCCUAUGACUCGCUCAUCAAUGUAUCUGUUGAAGACUAUUUGAAACUCAGCAAGGAAAUUGGCGGAGAUGUUCAGAAGCAAGCAGAGCUUCUAUAUGCUGCCAUUAAGUUGCAGCGUGAUGUUUUAGUAAAGGCAUCACAAUUUCAGCAGCCAGAUGAGAAAGAUCUUGCUACUCUACUCGCUCCACUUUCCAGUCAGAUUCAGACUGUUCAGGACUUUAGAGAGAAGAACCGAGGUAGCAAACAAUUUAAUCACCUCUCUGCAAUAAGUGAAAGUGUGCCUGCCCUUGGAUGGGUAGCUGUGGCUCCAAAACCGGGUCCCUUUGUGAAGGAAAUGACUGAUGCAGCUACGUUUUACACCAACAGAGUGUUGAAGGAAUACAAGGAUGUAGAUAAGAAACACGUAGACUGGGUUCGUGCAUACUUAAACAUUUGGACUGAGUUACAGGCUUAUAUUAAGGAGCAUCAUACAACAGGCCUAAGCUGGAGAAAAACAGGUCCAAAGGCUGGUGGUGCUUCACUUGCACCAAGUGCUCCAGCUGCCCCUAGAGCUGGACCACCACCUCCCCCUGGCGGACCUCCUCCUCCCCCACCACCUCCAGCCCCUACAUCUGCUCCAGGUGAUGACUCCAUCAGUCGAUCCCAACUGUUUGCAGAACUCAAUCAGGGAGCGAAUAUCACUAAAGGCCUAAAGCAUGUGUCUGAUGAUAUGAAAACUCAUAAAAAAAUCCAGCACUGAAAGCUCACAGUGGUCCAGUCAGAAGUGGACCUAAACCAUUCACAAGCCCGAAACCAUCACAUGUUGCAUCCCCUGCAGCAAAGCCAUCGCCUAAGAAAGAGCCUGCCCUGUUGGAGCUGGAGGGCAAGAAAUGGAGAGUGGAAUUUCAGGAGAAUGCCUCCAGCCUGGUAAUCGGUGACACUGAACUGAAACAAGUGGUUUACAUCUACAAGUGUGUAAACAGCACCCUGCAAGUAAAGGGCAAGAUCAAUUCCAUCACUGUAGAUAACUGCAAGAAGCUUGGCUUAGUGUUUGAAGACGCUGUGGGCAUUGUGGAAGUAAUCAACUCACGUGAUGUUAAAGUGCAGGUUCUAGGUAAAGUGCCAACAAUAUCUAUCAACAAGACCGAUGGUUGCCAUGUUUACCUAAGCAAGGAUAGCCUUCAUUGUGAGAUUAUCAGUGCCAAAUCUUCAGAGAUGAAUGUUUUGGUCCCAGGGAGCGGAGGAGAAUUUAGUGAGUUUCCAGUGCCAGAGCAAUUUAAGACUGUCUGGAAUGGAGAAAAGUUGGUUACCACAGUCACUGAGAUUGCAGGAUAG